UCCCGCCUGCGGGAAAAGAGCGGGCUGUUAUGGCGGCGCGCCGAGCUUGGUGCGGAGGAAGGGGCUCCUUUCUGGCUUUGGCCUUCGGCGUGACAUUUCUGAAAAUGCUCCUCAUUCCGACAUAUCAUUCCACAGAUUUUGAAGUGCACAGGAAUUGGCUUGCCAUUACUCACAGCCUACCAGCCUCUCGGUGGUAUUACGAGGCAACUUCUGAGUGGACCUUGGAUUACCCUCCUUUUUUUGCCUGGUUCGAGCGUAUGCUUUCCUACGCUGCCGUCUACUUUGACAAAGAGAUGCUGUCCGUUCAGAACCUCAACCAUUCCAGCCAAAUGACCGUUCUUUUCCAAAGGCUCUCGGUGAUCGCUACGGACACGCUCUACAUCUAUGCUGUGUACCAAUGCUGCAAUUGUGUGAGCGGGAAGCAAGGUGGAAAAGACCCACUGGAAAGCCCGCCGUUUGUUCUUUCUGUCCUUCUGCUGUGGAAUUUUGGUCUCUUAAUUGUAGAUCAUAUUCACUUUCAAUACAAUGGUUUCCUGUUCGGAUUCCUGCUGCUUUCUAUUGCACGAUUAUUCCAGAAAAGAUACUUAGAAGGCGCUUUCCUCUUUGCUGCCCUCCUGCACUUCAAGCACAUUUACCUCUAUGUGGCCCCAGCCUAUGGCGUCUAUCUGCUCCAAUCUUACUGCUUCGCUGAAAAUAAUCCAGAUGGAUCUCUUCGAUGGCGCAGUUUCAGUUUUCUCCGCUUAAUCAGUCUGGGAUUCAUUGUCUGCCUUGUUUCUGCCAUUUCGCUGGGACCAUUUUUGGUUUGGGGUCAGCUUCCUCAAGUUUUCUCUCGCCUUUUCCCAUUCAAACGGGGCCUCUGCCAUGCCUACUGGGCCCCAAACGUUUGGGCCGUGUACAACUCCAUUGACAAAAUGUUGUCAGUCCUUGGGCUGAAGUAUCAAUUGCUUGAUCCUGCAAAAGUGCCCAAGGCAGCCAUGACUGGAGGGCUGGUUCAGGAAUUUCAGCACAGUGUCCUGCCUUCUGUGACCCCACUAGCAACCUUGUGCUGUACCGCCGUCUCCAUGCUGCCUUCUGUUUUCUGUCUUUGGUUUAAACCCCAAGGGCCCCGAGGAUUCCUGAGGUGCUUGGUUCUCUGUGCACUAAGCUCCUUCCUGUUUGGUUGGCACGUCCAUGAGAAAGCCAUUCUCCUCGCCAUUCUUCCUUUGAGCUUUCUGUCUGUGGAGAGGUCAAGAGAUGCUGGUAUUUACCUCAUACUGUCCACUACGGGCCAUUUUUCCCUCUUCCCACUGCUGUUUACCGCACCAGAGCUGCCCAUUAAAAUAUUGCUGAUGCUCCUCUUUUCAGUGUACAGUUUCUCCUCCCUGAAGGUCCUGUUCAGGAAAGAGCCUCUGCUGAACUGGUUGGAAGCAGUCUACCUCACUGGGCUGAUACCCCUAGGAAUCGCCUGUGAAAUUGUGUUCCCUUUUACUUCCUGGGCUCAAAAACUGCCAUUCCUGCCUUUAUUGCUCACCUCUGUAUAUUGUGCUCUAGGCAUCAUUUAUGCCUGGCUCAAGCUAUACAUCUCAGCCUUCACAGGACCACCAGAAGGCAAAGAAAAAGAAGAAUAAUGGUGGUUUAUCAGGGAUUCCAAGCUGGCGAGGAUCAUUCCGGCAAGCUCACAACCACACACAACACGGCAACAGGUGCUCACACUGGACCUCCUCUCCAGUUGCAGAAAGGCUUCCUCGUUCUUUAAAGACUUGGGGUCCUGAAACUCAUAAGGAAAUAAUCAGCUUUUUAAACCAGCGCGACCUGAAUGCAACAGUGGUUAUUUCCGUUAUUGCUAUAGCAGGAGAAAUCAAAAGUUUUUGCUUUCUUUUAAAUAAUUCUGUCUCCAAAGGCCAUAGGGAUGUGCUGAUCCGUAUGUAGAGGGAACAGGAACAAUUUCUUUAUCCCUGUUUUGAGUCACCAGGAUUCAAGGAGAUAAUUUCUUCACAUUCCAUAUAUCUUAUUUGGAAUUAAAAGGAAAAAAAGGUUUGCAAAUUGUAGGGGUGGGCUUUGCACAUACCCAAAAAAAAGGAGACAGGCUGAGUUCCCAAACUCUGUAUUACAUGAUCAUCGAUCUCUAGAAAAAGUUGUUAUCAUGCUGGGUGAAAAUUAA